GGUUUACCACCCACUUUGGGUUGCGAUCUCAGGCAAGCCGACUUCAAAGUGGAGCCAAACCAACUGCUUUACCACUCACACAAAAGGGCGGCUUACUACGGCUGCUGUCCAGUCCGGGCUAUUUUAGGAAUCUUUAUCCUCAUUCAUACAUCGGUCAUUGUUCUUUGGAUGAUUCGAGAAUAUUUUUACUUCGAUUUCAAAUGCGCCAUUGUGGAAAUCAGUGAUGAACAGAAUCCGGAAAAUGAAGCGCCGGCUCCCGAAGAAAACUCAAGAAAAUUAGAUCAAAAUGAACGGGAGAAUGCUGCUGAUUCGGACCAGAAAAGCGACGACCACACUGCACAGAUUACAAAUCGAAGAGUGGGUGAAUCAGUUCGCUUCCCCAGAAAACCGCAUACCGAUGUACCGCGAAAUCCCGCUACUGGCCACAUCGCGGAGCAACUCUCUGAUCAGGAUUCCGUCCGCUACACGAGAUUUCGACGUUCCGAACCACCACCCCUACCCGUAUUUUCACAUGUGCUUUACGCCGAUGUUCAACCUGCACCGUCUUCUGUUCGAAGUCCAGAAUCACCAAGUGAAAAUAGUGGAGAGGGAAAUGCGAGUCUUCGGCAUUCAAAUCGAACGGCAUUACGACCUACUGAGCAUAAAAGAUCAAGAAGUGGUUUAUCGCCAAACAUGAUGCAGUACCGGAAAAACAAUGGUACUCGAUUUAUCGGGCAUCGAAAUCGAUCGACUACCUCAAACAGGCGGAAAACCAUUAGAAAACAAGACACAUCAUUCAGUCAUUUGAGAGAAGCCUCGAAAACAGAAAUAUUAUCUGGUAAUUCGCGAGUUCAUCCCAGAAAUCAGGCAUUUUUAAAAUGGAGCGGUGAAUCCUGGGAAGCUGAUGAACCGAAACCAACACAGAAACGGUUUCAUUUCCUGAGCGGUGGUUCAGCUUUUUCAGCCAGUCGGCGAAAUAAGACUGCGCCGCGCACAUCAUGGAUUGAUGGUGUAAUUGAUCCUGAAGACAAAAAUUUCUCCAACAAAGGUCAAAUCCGUUUUUAUCCUGGAAGGCUGGCUCAGAAAUUGCCCAAAAAACGUCGCAAGAAUUCUAGCAGACGAGCAAAAAUUUCCCCAAGGAAUUCAAAAGAAAAACAGGCCCAGGCCGAAGAAGAGCGUGCUGAUGAACAGAAAACUCCGGAAAAAGGAGAUUCGCCGAAAAGAAUCAGAACUGAGUCGAAGGAACGAGAAUUUGAAAAGAAGCAACAACGAAAAUGGAAAUCGGCAGAGGAUGUUGUACGAAGACCGGGACAACGCAUAACUGAUGAAGCAAUAAUCAAUCCAGCAGAUUCGGACACUAGACCACCGCCUACUGCUUCAAUUAUCGAUAACUCUAAGUCUGACUCGGAGAUUUCAGACCCUGUGGUGGAACCUGGUACCCAAGAAUUUUCCAUAAUUGAAGAACCAGCGGAUCAGUUCCGAAUUGUUGCUGAUAUUGAUCAGCCUUAUCACGCCAUGAAAUUUCAUACAACUCCAGCUUCGCCAACCACUCCACUUGUUCAAACCUUCUACAAAACCCCGUUGCGUGAACUUUCACUUGAUUCAAUUCUUAUCGGACAAGCGGCCAUGCAGUUUUGUUUCUUAUUUCUGGUACCAGCAGCGGUCAUCCUCAGCAUUUCGAAGCGGCAAGCCUAUUUCAUUAUUCACAAAUUUUUCUCAUGA